GAGAGAGAGAGAGAGAGAGAGAGAAGACAGACUUUUCUUUCAGAGAUUCCUGUUUUUGACACUGACAUUGCCUGAGCACCGUCAGCUAAAAACAACUGAGACUACAAAAAGUAACGAAGGGCGACAAUUUCAAGGACGGCGCUGAAGAAUCUGCUUGACAACAGGAGGAUUAAAAUCAAACACCUGUGAAAAUAUUUAGCAGGAUUUGGACAGCAAAUAUCUUUCACUUCAUCCAAAAUGAGUUUGUCUCGUAACGGGACGCUGGAGAGGACACAGUCUCAGCAGUUCAGCUCUGAUGCAGAUGACUCCGAGUCAACUCGUCUGCAUCACACAAACUCCAUGUCAUCGCCAGUCAUUGACCCUGUGACAGCGGCGGCAGUGGUUCCUCCACCAUACUCGUCCUCCAAUGCUUCGGCUGACCCACUGGAGCUCAGAGCAUCACUGGACUGCUGGGCGUGUUCAGUUCUUGUCACAGUGCAGAACCUCAUCAUCGCGGCCGUGAAUGCAGCACUCGCCUCCAUUAUUUUUGGGGUCAUCCUCACUCCAGCUCUCACCAUGGUCGUAUUUGGCUUCCUCUGCCAUUCUAAGGUUCAGCCCCAUGGUACAUCCGUUUAUUGCUCAGACCUGCUCAACGAUGCAUCCUGUGUUGCUCUGCUGGUUGUUGGAUUCUUGUUGUUGGUUCCUCUGCUGGUGUUAGCUUUAGCGGCAUACUGUAGACUGGCUCGUCACCUGCAGCUUGGUCUCUGCUUCAUCCCUUACAGCCGCGCCGUCUAUAAAAACAUGCCUGUUUCUCAGCACCCGGGGCUGCAAGGCUGCUGCAGCCAGCAGGGGGCACAUGAGAGAGAGGGCAAAUCCAGCGUGUGGGUGUGAGGACACAUCAGAUGGUAAACAUCUUCGGCUGAAACUGUGAUGAAGAGUUAUUACUCCAGUGAUCUGCAUAUUUUUUAUUAUUAAUUUGUAUAGUAAUUAUUCACAUUUCCAAAUACACCGAUGUAUGAACUUUGCUGAAAAAUUGCAUGCUUUUUAUUUUCAUUUGAAAAGCGUUUCAUCGAAUGGCAUUGCAUGAAUCCGUGUUAAACAUACUUUCAUGUUUUUUUAUGUAAUGAUUGUUUUUAAUAAAUUUUCUCAUGGG